AUGGCAUAUGAAGGUUUGAACCAAGAAAAAAAAAAAGAACCUGAAAAAAAAAAACGUCGAUUAUUGUACAACAGGUCAUCUCAGGAUAGCUCAUCGCAUAGAUGUGAAGGGCAGAAAAGAAGGUAUAGUGGCAGAACAGAGAGACUUCAUCGCGGUAAAAUGUCUUUUGCGUUUGGAUUUUCUAAUGCAGAUUUGAGUGACGAUGAGCUAGAGGCUGUAGAUCAGACAACUCAGCAACAACAGCCUGCGUCAGUGUCGAAUGUUGUGAACCCUCUAGACUCUCAAGCUUUGCUCGGUGAACACGUCAGUCAGCCAAAGUACGUGAAUGUGGAUGAUUUGCUUCGAUCAUUGGUCAAUGUGCGUUUGUCCUUUGAAGAAUUUGUCACUCCAGGGACGAAUUCUGUGCUAUAUCGUCGUGAAUUGUUUGAUGUGAAGCACCAGCUAAUGUCUGAGGUGGAUUCGCAGAGCGAUGAGAACAACGUGGAGUUGGAGAUCUUGAUGGGUGAGACCAACGAGGAUUUGAGAAGAAACAUCUAUGAGGGUGGACUAAAAUCAUGGGAAUGUUCCAUUGACGUGGUAGACUCGUUUGUGGAGAAAAACCCAAUCCCAGACUUUGAGUUCAAGAACGUCAUCGAAUUGGGUUGCGGCACUUCGCUUCCUUCUGAAUUUGUUUUCAUGCAAUACUUGCGCAGUGGCUCCACGAACGGAAUCUGCUUUACACUUUGUGAUUACAACGAAAGUGUUUUAAGACUAGUGACGCUUCCGAAUUUCAUUAUUGGUUGGGCCAAAACUGUUCUCACUGAAGAACAGUUUGCUCAAUUGCAGACAACAGAUGAUCCAAACGUACCUGUACUAAACGACGAAUUGUUAUUGACAAAGGCAUUACUAGAUGCGUUUAAAGCAGAUUUGGAAUCAAAGAAUAUCUCUUUGUCAUUUAUCUCCGGAUCAUGGGGUAGAGCAUUCAUGAACAUUGUGUCGCAACAUCAAAUAUCUCCAAAGGAGAAUACCCUAAUUCUAACCGCAGAGACAAUCUACCAACCAGAUACUUUACCAGUUAUUAGCGAAACUCUAAUAGAGCUACUACUACAGAAUAAGCAGCACGCAUCGCCUGUCAAGUGUCUUUUAGCUGCUAAAGAUAUAUAUUUCGGUGUUGGAGGUAGUAUAGUCGAGUUUGAAGAUUAUAUGACCAAAAGAAUUCAACACUCAAAUUUACCAUUAAAGCUACAUAAGUUCAAGGUGAACGCAGGGCUAAAACGGUCUAUAGUGCUUAUAGAAUAA